UUUAAAUAGUUUAACUGAUCAUUUUAGUAGUAAUUCUUGUGCUUUGUUUACAGGCCACAAAAUUGUGGUGAGGUGUGAAGGUAACAUCUCUGGGAACUUCUACCGCAACAAACUGAAGUAUUUGGCCUUCCUCUGCAAGAGGAUGAACACCAACCCUUCCCGUGGACCAUAUCACUUCAGAGCCCCCAGCAGGAUCUUCUGGAGGACAGUAAGAGGUAUGCUUCCACACAAAACCAAGAGAGGUCAGGCUGCUCUGGACAGGCUGAAGGUUUUUGAUGGCAUCCCACCUCCUUAUGACAAGAGAAAGCGCAUGGUCGUCCCAGCUGCUCUCAAGAUUGUGCGUCUGAAGCCCAGAGGCAAGUUUGCCCUGCUUGGAAGAUUGGCCCAUGAAGUUGGCUGGAAGUACCAGGCCAUCACCGCCACCCUGGAGGAGAAAAGGAAGGAAAAGGCCAAGUGUUUGUAA